AUGGAAUCACUACCCCGAUCACGGCAUAUCCUUCGAAAGUCGUUCGCCUGCGAUGAGUGCAAGCGGCGCAAAAUACGAUGCUCCGGCGACGAGAACUGCAUGAAUUGCAUGAGGGAUGCAAAGUCAUGUCGAUACUCGUCGCCAUCGCAUCAGCUGUCCAAGUUGCAGAGGCGCAUACAAGACCGUGAGCAACUCAUAAGCGACAUGGAAAAGGCUUGGGCAGUCUAUCUGCCAUCAGUCGACCUCAAGGAAGCCAUUCGCACUGUCCGGCAAGGCGAGUCACUCGAGAAAAAGAACAAGCAUCACCAUGACAUUACGCAUUCCACCGAACAACCGCCCGUCGGCGUUGCAGAGCACAGCAAUGCGGAAGACUACGAGUUUGACGAGUCGCAGGAUUUCGACAACUCUACGGACGGCAUGGGAUUUCUCACCAUAGAUCCCCAUAAGGCGGGCUAUACGGGGCCGCAGUCUGGAGUAGCUGCACUAAAAUUUCUGCAAACACUCCCUCUUUAUAUCCCGCUUAGCAGCUUUAUCCCAGCCUCUUCCCUGGACGAUGAUGAUAUCUUAGACUCUGCUCCGCCUAGGAAGCAAUCGGAAGUGGCUCGCUAUCUUGAUGAUUAUUUUUUACUGUAUCAUCCUGCGUAUCCUAUUUUGCACGAAGGGACUUUUCGCGCACGGGUAUCGGGUAUGUUCUCAGAAAUAUUUUCAGAGAUCCACUCUUACCAAAUUCAGGUGCAUUGGCCAAACCACAUGAUGGCUCGUGGCCACUGUUAUACAACAUUGUCCUCGCGAUAG